AUGGCCACCUCUUCCCCGGCGGAGUCCGUCCAACUCAGUAGCGACAGUGACUCAUUGCGUCAAUUCGACGAAGACUUCUCCGACCCUUUGCGCCGCGCCCAAGUCAGGGUUCUACAUUACAAGAUUCUUCUGCCGCCCAUAAGCGAAAAGCGUAUCAAGAAGUUUCAAAGCCGGAAGGAGGCCGCUGCAAACAGUGUCGCAAUCACACAGGCACUUCUCGAUCUAUUCACGAGACUGCACGUUUGGGAUUCCGCAUCCGAAGCUGGCGAGGAGAGCGGUAUCAAGCUCGUGUCGUCCUACCAACCGCCUUCAUACGAUGACUAUAUUCACGACGGGGAACCUAUUUGGUAUUUUCGCAACGAUCUAAAGUAUCUUGGUCUGGAAGAGAGCUUAUUGCUCUCUUCGGGACUGCUACCAGAAGUCUGCGUCAUCUCUCAUCUUCACGUGAAAACUGGCCAAUACCGCCUGCACCCCAGUUUAUUGGCGGUCCUGACCAAAUCCUUACCCGCUCUACGCCGACUUACGUUCAAACUUACGAUGCCAACUCGUCGGUACAUGUUCCAGCGGAGAGAAAUCCGAUGCGCCCUCGCCGAUGCAAUGCGGGAUGCGUCUCUCGAUGAUCUCGAGGUUCUCGAACUCCGACUUUACGACGGUGCGCCAGAUGACGAAAGAUUCGGCCUCGACGUGCUCACAAACUCUGAAGGACAAGACGAUUUGAGCAUGGCCAUUCGGGAUAUGCUCAAGCUCCCAAAACUACGUGAAGCGUCAUUUCGAGGCGGCUGGAUCGUUGCACCAUCGGCCUUUCAGACAGAUACCUCUUUCGGGCCACGUCUGGAACGUCUAUCCUUCGAGAUCAUCCCCGCCACUCCGGAUGGAAAGUGGCUAGUUACGGGCAACAUCGAGUACGCGUGGGAAAAUAACGAUAGACCAUCAACCGAGGAGAGCCUGGCAGCUCUCGACUCACAAGACUCCGACGCAACAGAUUACAUCCCAGACCACUCAUGGUUCAGGGAGGAUGGAAACUACCCACAAUGCUUUUUCCGCUACACCUUUGACAGCCGCACAUUUGAUCCACUGCUUGUUUCCCUGGCCCAGGGCGUACGGAGUAUGCCUGUGCUGCGAGAGCUGAAACUGGUCAUGUACCAAGGCGUUCAUCUCGAAAUGGGGUAUUUUGCCAGCGAUGUCAAAAAUGAGGACUUUCACCGCCUGCAUAACCCUGAGACCUUCCCACGUUACAACUUUGAAUUGGAAAACAUCCAUCGCCCGCGAUGGGUAAUGAUAUUGGUUGGAGAGGGGUUUGAGUUUGACGGGGUCUGGACAUUUUCGUCCAGCAUAGUCACAGCCAUGGAGAAAGGUGGUGGACGAAUCUUAUUCAACGGAGAUGGUAAAGUAUUGGUUUCCUCUGGCGACGGUGCAACGUUCACUUGGGUCACAUGA